UCAGAAGGUCGUGCGGCUCGGGACGCUGACAGGCACUCCCUGCGUCCUCAGCCCGGAGGGACGGAGAGGGUGCGGGACGGGGCGAGGCCGGGGCCUGCGCUGCUCAGCCCGGCCCUCAGUUAGAGUUCAACUCCUUCGCUUAGCUUCUGGGUGACCGGCCUUACGUAGCAGAGGGUAGUCUUGAACGAUGAUCUUUCUGCCUCCACUUCCCCAGUCCUGGUGUUACAGAGCGUAGGCGGUCCCGGUCCACAUCACGGGAUCGAGAAAGAAGGCGACGAGAAAGGUCCAGGUCUCGGGAGAGGGAUCGCAGAAGGAGCCGCUCAAGAUCCCCACACCGAAGACGCUCCAGGUCUCCAAGGCGACAUAGAUCCACAUCUCCUUCCCCUUCUCGACUGAAGGAACGAAGAGAUGAAGAGAAGAAAGAACCUAAAGAAGGAAAGAGCAAAGAACGUCAGAUCACUGAGGAAGAUCUGGAGGGUAAGACAGAGGAAGAAAUAGAAAUGAUGAAAUUAAUGGGAUUUGCUUCUUUUGACUCCACAAAAGGGAAGAAGGUAGAUGGCUCUGUAAAUGCCUAUGCCAUAAACGUGUCUCAGAAGAGGAAAUACAGGCAGUACAUGAAUCGAAAAGGCGGAUUCAACAGACCUCUGGAUUUUAUUGCAUGAGACUUGAGGUGUUGGAGGAUUCCCCCUCAUCUGGGUCAGAGAGUAUUUUAUAUUUUGUAUUUAAUCCACCUCCAAACAGGAUCUCGGUUCUUCUUUCCUAUAAAGUAAGAACAUCUUAUUUAUGACCCCCAGUGUACUUCCUUUCCUCAGGAGGGAGGUGACACUUUUUAAGGUGGUGACCCUGUGGUGGAUACAGCUCGUUUGUCUUGUUCCUUUGAACCUGUGUGUGCUUUCUUUUUGGAUGCUUGUUAGGAGUUCUUAAAAAACUGAAAGUAACUUAGAUAUGAGUUUCUCCAAUAAAACUGUAUUUCUACCCAUUUUAUAUUUAUUUGACAAAUAUCUUUAUUAUUAAAGAGUCUCCUAGACAUUUUCUUUUUCCACACAUAGAUCUGUUUUGUUUUGAGGUAAGGUCUUGUUCUGUAAUCCAGGCUAGCCUUGAAAUUGGGACAGUCCUGCCUCCAUCCCUUGUGGCUGGGAUUAUAGAUAUGUCACCAUGCCAGCUUAGACUAAGCCAUUUUGAUUCUUGGUAGUUUAAAAGCCAGAAGAAGGAAAAAGUAUAGCUUUGGAUUUUUGUGUAUUCUUCAUUUCUCUCCAAAAUAUCAUUUACUAUGCUCCCUCAGAAACAAAAGUGAUACAUGUUUGCUUUAAAAACACUUAGGAGAACCAGACAGCAGAAGAAAAGUCAAAAUUCCCCGCAGUCUACUCCAGAAACAUUCUGUUGUGUGUCUUUUCAGGCUCCUAUGGAAGUAUAUUUCUUAUCCCCACCAAUAGAAUAAUAUGUAAAAGGUACAUACAGCCCUCCUCUAACCCUUGCCUCAUUUACUGUCAAUAUUUGACGCUUGUAUUGUUUAGAGACAAUGGCAUCCUGUGGCUUUUUAGCUGUAUCAUAAUUGACCAGCCUUUUCUGAUGCUUUGAGAAGGGUAUCUAUAGCAGGUUUCAUGUCCGUUGGAGACAGCCCACAACUGCAUAGACAUACUUCUGUAUGUGUCUACUUCAGAUGGAAGUCGGCUGUGUCUCUGCUCUUAGCAGAGCCUUCAUUGGGCAGUGCAUGUAAAGCCCCUCUAUUUUAUUGCAGAUGGACUGUGGUUAUUUCAGCCCCCUUUGAUGUUAGCAUUCAGAUUAUUUCGAAUUUUUUGCAAUUUUGAACAGUUCUGUAAUUACACUGUGUCUCAUGAUUUUGUAUUUCUUUGGCCGUAUCUUUAAUGUCCUUAUUAGUUUUUUGGUUAGCAGAUAGAGUAAUGAGUCUUGUUGGGCAUUUUCAUGGUAUACAUCAUUCUGCUUUUUUUAUUCACUCUCCUCGUGCCUGCCUCCUUUUGCUGGCUCCUUUCCUCUCUCGACUUUCAUGUGAUGCAUAUUCCAGUACCUUCUUUUCUUCCCUCUACCUGCUCAAGAGCUCUUCCUCCCCUUUAUGAUGGUCCCCUGUAUACAUUCAUGACCCCAGUCACAUGUAUGUAAACAUGUACUUAAAUUUAAAUCUAGAUUUCAUGUAUGAGAGAAAACAAUAUUUGUGUUAGUCUAGCUUAUUUCACUUAGCAUAAUGAUCUCCAUUUCCUUUUGGUUAGAUUUUUAAAUCUGGGAAGAGAUGGGGAGUAUGGUUAGGACCUUUUCCUCUAAUAGACUGCUGUCAUCUAGGGCCACACUUUGUGUAAGAUCUUCUGUUUCCAAUAUCUGUGUCUUGGCAUGCCCAGGGCUUUGGCCUUCGACCCUCUCCCUACACUCCAUGUGACUUUAACUGUGUGUCGCAUAGCCUUGGGUAUGUGUGCCAGGCUGGACCUCCACUAAGCUGCAGCCUUGCUUGAGCCUGAAGAUCAGGCACCUCAAAUGUGAGGCUGAACUGAGCCCUCACUUUCCUGCUGCCCUCUUCCUGAGAUGCCCCCAUUUUAGCUAAUAGCUCUGUACUAAAUGGCCUUUCAUUUACUCCGUCAUUCAGUCAAAUUCUGAGCCCAUCCUCAUGCCCUGGAUCUGAUUGACUGGAAAAUCCCUUCAGAAUUUGUUUGGCCACUGCUUACCACCAACACCAGUCCGGGCUCACACCCUUACCUGGACUACUGCAGAAGCUCCACAUGGGUCCCCUCUUUCUGCUCUUGCUGCGUCUUUACUCUCCACCCACAGCAAAGACCGCACGCUCCUGGUCUCAGUGAUACUGUUAGAAGAAAGUCCGUUUUGCUGCAGUCUCAGGCUCCUGUGUGAUCUGUGCUCAUGUACUCACACCAUAGCUCACUGCACUUGGACACAUCUGCUGUGCUAAUGUGUUUUGAAGCCAGGUAUGUGCCUGCCUAGUCCUCCCACUUUCUUUUUCUUCCUCUGGGAUGGUCCCUCUCCUAGUUGUGUUCAUGUCCCUUCUCUAUUGGGAUAAGAUUCGUAGACCAUAAAACAUACUCCGUUAAAGUUGACAGUAGUUUUAGUGUAUUCAUUUAGGCAGACAUCCAUCUUCACAUCUAGUCUUUCAUCAUCCCUCGAAGAAACCUUGAACUCGGACAACUCUGCCUACCUGUCAGUUGACACUUAUGUAGUGACAGGCUGUGGGUUUGGGGUUGUAGGGAAGUACUGAAAGCUGGAGUGCCCAUUGUUUUCCACUUACUGCUUCACUGCCAGUAGAUGGCACCAGAGACUCUUCUUCCUGAUGUCAAGUCCUAGUUGGUGUCACUAAUCCAUUUCUUCCAUCACCAGGAAAGGAAAUUGCUGUAUUCCUUAGUCUUGGUCUCCGAUGUUUAUGUAAUUGGGUUGGGGUUUUUUGUUUGUUUGUUUGUUUUUGGAGUUGAAUUUAAACUUGUUGGUGCUUAAAUUACUUGCUUUAUUUGCUCUAUCUUGGGUUUCAAACUCUGACCACCCUUUUAAAAAGAAAUGUGUGACUUUUUAGUUGGAGCAAUUAUGGGAGAAGAAUUAUUAUCCUGAAAUAGGACUAGGUUGAAAUAAAUUGUUGAGAGCAAAAGAGAAAGACUGAGCUGGGCGGUGGUGGCGCACGCCUUUAUUCCCAGCACUUAGGAGGCAGAGGCAGGUGGAUCUCUGCGAGUUCGAGGCCAGCCUGGUCCAUAGAACUAGUUCUAGGACAGCCAGGGAUGUUACACAGAGAAAUCCUCUCUCGAAGGAAAAAGAGAAAGACUGAAAAAGGUGAAACUUGGGAGGAAAUAUAAAAGUACAAAACCCAAGAUGUUAAAAUGGCCAAAAGAGGGUAUUUUUAGGAAUAUUAAAUUGGUUACUUUAAUAGUUGCUCACAUUACUUUAAUUUUUAAAUUUUAACAAACAGCAUACAAUUUAAAAAUGUUCCAAAUUGUUCCUUUCCCCAUUCUUACUUACAAGUUCUGUGCCUUUGUGAAAAACUGCUUUCAGUGUGUGUGUCAGCAUAGAGCCCUGGAUUGGAUCCUUGCACAUACCAGGCAACAUUGCCACUGAGCUGCACCCCAGUCCAUUGUGUGUUACCCACAGUUUGAAUUGUGUUCUGUGACUGUCUGCAAUUCUGUGUACCUGCCAUGGGUUUUUUGGUUUGUUUUUGUUUUGUUUUUUUGUACAACUGCAAAUCAGAAUUGCCAGGCCAGUUGUGGGUGAGACAGCAAGGGUUCAGGUCUUUCCCCAAGCUAAGGAAGAAUAGGAAAAUUACUUGUCUCUGAGCCUCUUUCUUCAUGUGCAAAAUGUAGGUAAGGAUGACAACCCCUUGGGGUUGUCCUGAGGGAUGGAAACAGUGUAGGUGGAUCACCUGACAUGUGUGUACAAAGAAAGCUAACACUGCAUACUGACAUCACUAAGAAGUUUCAUUUAAAAAUCCUCUGCUCGUUUCAAUUUUCAGAGUUCUUAACCUAUAGCUUUAUUCCUGCCUUUUAAAUUGGAGAUACAGACAUUGCACUUUGGGUCUCGAAUGAUCUAUCAUUUCAAAAACAGUGAUUGCUCAAGGACCUAUAUUUACAGAGUGAGCUUUCCAGUGGGUGCCGGUGGAGCACACACCAUUUGUGGGCUGAUGAGAGGCCUGUUCAGGAGUGUUUUCCUCUGGGAUGGAAGGUUCAGCCUUACUCUGUAGGCACCGGGCCAUUCGGUGUGAGUGUGGUCUAAGGGAGCCGGCCGUUCUCCCCCCACCCCUCCCUCCCGGCGUGGGAGCUACGUGCCACCACCGUCUGUCCGAGGUACCCAGCUAGGCCUGAAGUUCUCCCCGGAGACAGUGGGCAACAGGUCUGCGGCCAGUGGGCGUGGCUCCGCCCGUGCCCUCCUGCCUCGUAGCCAAUCGGCUGCCUGAAAGUGGGCCGCCGCUUAGGCGGAGCGGUGACGUCAUCGUAGCCGGGAGGUUUCCGAGGGCUCGGCCAAUGAGGCGCGGGUGCAGCGGCAUUCCCUGUACUGUGCUUGCCCAAUGCCCGCAGAGCCCAAGGGGGCCUGGCUGUCGGCAUGCAGCCAAUGGGAGGCAGCAGGAGCACGAGGCGGAGUUGCGAGUCCUAUGGCCAAUGGGGUGUCGGGGGCGGAGUCCGGGCCUUGUCAAGCCCGGCCAACCAGCGGGAGGAGCGGGCUUCUGGGGCGGGGCCGCGGACACUUACCCAAUUGCGGCGGUCUGGAGGCGGGCUGUGCUGCGGACGACCCAAUGAGGGGCACCGCCGCCGCGGGCCUGUCAAGGGACGGGACCGGGGGCGGGCGGCGGCGAGUCGGGAUAAACACUCAGCGGCCGCUGCUGGGAUCCGGGCUCCGUGCCGUCCCAGCGCUGCCCCUCCUGGCUGGCCAGCGCGGCGGCUUUUCGGCGUUCCCGGCCAGCGGCCCGCGGGCACGGAGAGGCGGCCCGCCGGGUGCAGGAUGGCGACAGCCGUCGGGAUGAACAUCCAGCUGCUGCUGGAGGCGGCCGACUACCUGGAGCGGAGGGAGAGAGAAGCUGAACAUGGGUAUGCCUCCAUGUUGCCGUACAGUAGCAAGGACAGAGAUGCCUUCAAACGGAGGAACAAGACCAAGAAGAACAGCACCAGUAGCAGAUCAACCCACAAUGAGAUGGAGAAGAACAGGCGUGCUCAUCUCCGCUUGUGCCUCGAGAAGCUGAAGGGCUUGGUGCCGCUCGGCCCUGAGUCAAGCCGACACACCACACUGAGUUUGCUGACGAAAGCCAAAUUGCACAUAAAGAAACUUGAGGAUUGUGACAGAAAAGCUGUUCACCAAAUAGACCAGCUUCAGCGAGAACAGCGGCACCUGAAGCGGCGGCUGGAGAAACUGGGCGCCGAGAGGACUCGGAUGGACAGCGUGGGCUCUGUCGUCUCCUCAGAGCGCUCUGACUCAGACAGAGAAGAGCUGGACGUGGAUGUGGACGUGGACGUGGAUGUAGAUGUGGAGAGCACAGACUACCUCACUGGGGACCUGGGCUGGAGCAGCAGUGUGAGUGACUCGGACGAGCGAGGCAGCAUGCAGAGCCUGGGCAGUGACGAGGGCUAUGCCAGUGCCAGCGUCAAGAGAGCCAAGCUCCAGGAUGGGCACAAGGCAGGUCUUGGGCUAUAGGAGAGGGCCCGCAGGUCCUCUCCACCACACCUGAUUAGGUAGUGUACCAAACCUGCCCAGACGCCCUUGCACGCCAACCUCACGUACCACCUUGACCAAAAUCAGCUGUCCGUUUUGCAGAAAGCACGUAGGGUUGCGGUUCUGAGUGCGUUCAGUGGUAGCUUCUCUGUCCCUCCACGUCAACGCUGAGAGACCGUACAUUCCAGUCCAUUUGAAGAGCCCAAGAACCCUCAGCCCUAAGCAAGUGUCACUUCUCAGCGGCCCCUGUGCACUGUCCUGCAGCCGGCCAGGCCCUUCUUAGUAUUCUGGCUCAUGAUGGUACUCGCCCAGGAGAGAAGUUCAAGCUUUGUCUGGCACGUAGGAAAUCGAAGCAAACAAACUUCUCAAAGGGAACUCAGUCUCAGAAAUCCCAAAGGAAGCUUUGAAAGCAAAACUGAAGAGCACUGAGAAGCCAGGAAUACCUCCAGCAAGCCCUGCUGCGGCCCAGCCGCGGUGCCUCAGUGUCCCCGCUUAAGAGCGGGCGCUCGGCAGCUCAGGAGAACAGUGUGCCCCCUGCGUGCUGUUCUGGGGGCCUGGCUGUGUGCUGUGUCUCAAGGCACCCCCGCGCCCCAAGUUUGUUGAUGCUACUUGUCUCUGGAACAUUGUCCUACCUCAGAGAUAGAUGAGAUCUCCAUUGUCCACACAACAAAAGUGAUUACGCUUCUUUGUUCCCGGCCACUCCAACCUGUUUUCCCGUUGGACUCCCAGCAAUAACUAAGUUCGGCACUGGCUGAGCUAGUGGCCACUGUCUCUGAGAGAAAGAGGCCACAUUUCUUCUCUGUGGCAAGUGAACAGGAGGGUCCCCAUGUCACCAAAACCUCCUGCUGAGUUAUUUUUGGACACAUCUGGAAGCUUUCUUCUGGAGACUUCUGGGUGAUGGCUUAAAAGGAUGAUUUUUUUUUCCCUUGUGGCAUUUUUAUUUAAGCUAAACCAGAGCACAUGUGUAUGUACAUAAGACACACAAAACCUAUAAAUACUAUUUAUUCAUUUUAUAUAAACUAAUGUAAUGGAAUAUAAAUUCUUACGACUGCUUUUAUAGAUGUUCUAGAAACUUUGUAUGUAGCUGUCUACAAAUUAGUUCAUUCCCCUGAAUAUUUUUGCAUUUGUAUUUUGAGGUCUGGCUGUUUUCAGCCUUUGGUGAAUCUUUUUCAUUGAGUCUGAACCAUUUGUAAAAUCUGUGCCCUGCUCGGAGUCAAGUCUGUGUCACGGAGUAAUGGAACAUUCCUGAGAUCCACAGGUGCCACCGAAAGGCUCCAUGGCUCACUUGGCAGCAGGCAGCUGCACAGUCACACACCUCUCCUCAGAUCCAAACAGACCCUGGCAGAGAGAGCAGUCCUGACCACACAAGGUCACUCUGUGGUCUGGGGAAGUCAUGGCUUCCUUAAUGAUCCUGAAGUCCUGUUUUUGUGCCCCACCCCCACCCCUUUGGAUUGUUUCCCAAAUACCAGCUGAAAAUUAGCACAGAAACACAGCUUGGGUCGUUUGCAUUUAUAAAGUCCCUUCCAGAGUCUGAGUGAGUGAUGGUGUUCAAGGAGCUGGCCAGGUCUGUCCUUUGUCUAAAAGACACAGCUGUGCCUUGAGGUCCCCUCCAGUCCCCAUGUGCUAGGCCCUGAGGGCAUUGUGUCUGCUCACUGCAUCCAAGCCAUCAGAAAGUCAAGACCGAGGGAGAAGCUUGUGGGCUGCACAGGCGGGGAGGGGACAAAACCUGUGCACAGGUUCAUUUCACUCAGAAGGUGUCUGAGAGAUGCCUUUAUUUUCUGUUUUCCUUGUUUUGCCUUUGAGUUAAACUGCUUUUUUUUCCUUUUUGCUCUUCUUUUUUUUUCGGUUGAAGUAUGAAGUGUACUGUCUCAACAUAAAGCAGUAUCAUUUGACCUUUGCCCUGUCCGCUGGUCCUUGCAUCUGUGUGUGGUAGAUCUCUGUGGUUUUAAAACACUUGGGACAGGCUAACUGCCCAGGUCAGGCCUGGCUUUGGAAGCCGGAGGUAGACUGAGUCAGUGUGGCAGGCAGGCUUUUCUCUGACCAAAACUGUAGCUUUGGGGGCCGGCAGGCUUAGGCCAGGGCAGCUAAUCCCCGCCCCUUCACUCAUCACCAGCAUGUCUGCCAAGAGCUAGACUUGAGGGUGGCUUUUGUUUUCUUAAGCAAAAGGAAAAACCUAUUAGGUUGGGGGGGGGGGGGGGGGGACAAAGGUGUGAACCCUAGCCGUUAAGACUUUGACAAUAUGCACAAACAGAAAUGUGUCAGUGAGGGCACGUGCAUAUUUUUAUGUGGAAGUUCCUUUUGAAACUAAGACCUAAGCUUCACUCACUGUCAUGAUGCAGGUAGGAAAUCAGGGGCUCGGCCUUCGACUUCCUUCAUUCCUCAAGGAAACAUUUGCACCGUCCUGGAAAACCCAGGACUGGCUUUGGGUGCACGCCCAGCACCCAGCACCGUUGAUUUGGGUUUCCUUUCACUGACCAGGUAUCUUGAACUCAGUAGCAGCUGCCUGCUGCCUCUGACCUCGGAGACCUGCUGCUCCUUAGCAAGGUCACAGGACCUAGAUUCUCCCUCUUGACCCAAGGCUGGGUGACUCCAGCAGGGAUGGGUGAGGUGGCUGCUGGGAUAGUUUUAUUGUUUGGUUUCAAAGUAGUGGUUUUUUCACCUACCCCCUGCUGUGUUCAAAAGAAGCCAAGGUUUCCCUGAGUUUCCUGUGGCCUUUCUCCCCAUCUUUGAUGUGGCCAAGGGCAUUUGGGGUCUAAGAACACAGGAGAUGGCAUAUGAUACUCAAAACCUUCUAGCAAUAUCUUGGGGACUUGACGAUGAGUUUUGUGGACUUUUUCCCUCUUGCCUUCUUCCCUGUCCCUUCAAGAGAGAACUUAUUUUUUGAAGAGCGUAUAUAGACACAUUAAGGUUUUAUACCAUGCUAUAUUGGCAGGAAUACCACUUGUAUUGUGCUUUGUAAUUUAUCACCGAAAUCGUGUUUUCUGGUUUCCUUCCUGGGGUGGCUACAUUGUUCUGUCUUCCUACUUUACCAUCCCUGUGUGUUUUCUGUUAUUUCUCUGUGUCUCUUUGGUAUUGCAAUCGCUGCUACUCCUGCUUAGUGCUUUCUGGGAGAAGACAGCCCCGCCCUUGGGCUGUGUGCUGGCUUCUCUCGUUCCGUGCGCUCAGAGCUGUAGUCUGCAGCAUGUUUUGUUUGCGAAGAUCCUGGGUUGAGGUGGUGUGAAAUGUGAUUCAUCAAUACUUCUAGUACUUUUCUUUUACUGUGGUCUUCUAAAAGAAGACAUAACUGAUUGGCACCAUUGCAUUCAGAUCGUGGAUGGCCAAGGAAAUCGAGUGUGUAUGGUAUCUCAAAAUCACACAGUGAGAAUUCGGAAGGCGUUCUGUCCUAAGGUGUAUCUGGAUUUCUUACUUUGAGUUCUUACUCUGCCUGGGAGGGCAGUGGGUCAGGUGGGCAUUCUUCACUUUAGCUUUGACCUAAAAGCCAGGCUUGCCCCGACCGCUGUCCCUAGAAUUGGUGCUCCUGGAAUGUUGCUGAGUGGCUAGUUUGGGGGACCAUCUUUCUAAAGGUGAACAGCCUCCACAGGAGAGCUGCAGGUGAAGGAUGGGAAAUGUGUUUCCAGAUGUUUCUUUAUGUAAAUAUGGUGCCAAUGUAAACCUGUGUUAAGACUGUGGAGAAUGGUGCUUUUUUGGGGGGUGGGGGGACUGCAGUUAGCACUUGUGUUUUUAGAAACCAUCAUGAUUUAGAGGCUCCUUGCUGUGUGUAAACUUAAUGUGUCCGUCCAUUAACAAAUAAAUUAUUUCAUUAUUAAAGAAA